UGUUUCUCAACGGUUCGUUUUUGUAGGUGAACGUACCGGAAGUUCUUUGCCCAUUCAUGCGACGGUGUGUGGACAAGAAUAUUGACAUUACGUAUCCUAACUGUUCAACCGUUAAUUUCAAACAAAGGUCUCAGUGACUCCCGUCUCUGUGAGAAUGACGGACAGAUACAACAUCCACAGUCAGCUGGAGCAUCUUCAGUCCAAAUACAUUGGCACAGGACACGCCGACACCAGCAAGUGGGAAUGGCUGGUCAACCAGCACCGGGACUCUUACUGCUCCUACAUGGGACAUUUUGACCUGCUGAACUAUUUCUCUGUGGCUGAGAAUGAGAGCAAAGCACGUGUCCGCUUCAAUCUAAUGGAAAAGAUGCUUCAGCCAUGCGGACCACCAGCAGACAAACCCGAUGAUGCAUGAUGGAGUGAGCUUUGGUGCAGUUUUUUUUUUUUUUUUUUUUUUUAUACAGGAUUUUGUUUUGUAGAAUUCUGCCAGCAUAAUCCUGAUUAUGUUCCUCUGUGUUCAAGCUUCUCUGAGGCAACAGGACUGUAUGACUCUGCUAACAAUGAAGGCAUGUCCAUUCACACAGCACAGGAUACCUGGAAAACAAAGAACUUUAGACCAUCAAGAUCUCCAUUUUAAAAAUAAGAGGUCAAAGAGGUUUACCACUAGCUGUCACAUUAUUUUGUAGUAGAUGGCAAAACUGCAUUCUUGAUUGAUAUUCAUAUUGUGGCUACAUUAAACACUUCUUUAUGUUGG